AUGGAGAAUCCGAGCUCAUCAAACAUAGAAGAAGUUCAACAAGAAUGUUAUGAUGAGUGGAUGAGUUUACAAGCCAAACGCAUGACGGACCUUAAACGAGCGUUAGCUAACGGUGAGAAAAACGAUGGCGCGCUUCGAGAAUUGAUACAGUCAGUGAUUGAAGAUUUUAAAGACUAUGCCCGAAAACGAUCAGAACAUUCUCGUCGAUAUAGCUCAAACUAUUUUGCUCCGACAUGGAACACUUGUCUUGAAAACGCACUUCUUUGGAUGGGAGGUUGUCGUCCUUCUUCGUUUAUACGACUCGUAUACGCUAUGUGUGGAUCUCAACCGAGCUCCGUCUUACCAACUUCUUCCGUGACAACAACAUCGGCGAUUGGUGAGUCGGAUAGGGACUAA